UUCGCAGCAAAAGGCGGCUAAUCAAUUCAUCUUAUCAGCAUAUAGCUCUUAUCACGUACAUUUAGCAAGUUACCAAUAUGCUGAAAUCGACCGAGGUGGUUCAUUAGUGCCGAGUCAAUUGACGCCAAAAGAAGCGCUUGAGGAUUCCAAAGUAGCUGCAGAAACCAUGGCUCCGCUAGCGAAGCUAGCUGUUUUGCUGUUGGUCAUCACUUUGGGAAACCGCACACACGCCCAAUGGAAUCAACCCUACUUGCUACCACCACCAGACGCAGAAGUUACACUAACCCAAGAAUCUGCUGCUGAUACCUUUACAUCAUCCUUUGAUGAAGAAUUAAGAGCCGAUUUAACUCUGGCUGUCAUCAAUUACGACGGAUCUGAGAAACCGACUUUUACAGCUACUUCGGGUAGUUCAGAUAUAACCCGACUGGGCAUUGACAUUCAAAGCGCAGAAGAUAAUAAAUGGAUUAUCAAGUCAAGCAUUACUCAGGACUAUGAAACUAUACAAACGUACAGGAUUGAAAUACGUGUGCCUCAAAGUACGACCACUGUCUUCCUAAGAAUUAACGUUAAAAACGUCAACGACAACGCACCCAACCCUCCAACUGCUGAUGGGUGUUCAGAUAUUCCUGAAGGCACAGUGGGACCUACAAAUUGCAAGUUUAUUUUUUCUGACAGAGAUUUCUUGACAACCGAUGCGAUACUUAUUAUUGACUCAGCGACACCGAAUCUUUUUGGCUUAACACAAGUGACAGCCAUAGAUGAAAAAUCUAUAUCAGCUAAUUUGGAAGUAAUUGGAACGCUUGAUUAUGAGGCUGCUACUGUACACAUGGUUACUGUUACGGUGAACGACGGCGCUUAUGAUGCAUUCACACAGAUCAUCGUAGGCGUUAAAGACGUGGCCGACCAAAAACCAGUCUGGACAAUUGCUCCCCCACCAAUCCUAUCCAUCGAUGAAAACAUGGCCGAGCAGACAUUUACCUAUAGGGCAAGUGAUGGAGACAGGGGAGAGACAGCUUCGCCCAUUUCUUACACUCUUUUGGAGGGCGAAGACAAAUUCUUUUCAGUCACUGCAGAUGCUGACAAAAAUUGCAUUUUGAAUAUCAAAGAAAUCGACAGAGAGGUGGAUGGCGAAGACUUCAAAAUUAAAAUUCGCGCAGUAGAAGACAAUGAUGAAAACAGCUUUGAGGAUAAAGAGAUACAGAUUUUUGUUAAUGAUUUGAAUGAUAACAUCCCCACAAUCACACCAUCACAACUAGAUGCACAAAUCAACGAAGCAACUGCUGGCGAUGUUGGCGGUCUCACGGUCACAGAUCUUGACUUGGGAAAUAAAGGUCAAUACCGUGUCGAAUUGAUGGACGAUUCACCCAUUGGUGCGGUGGCUGCAUUCAGAGUUAUUCCUAACUCAGGCUAUGAGACAACAACAUUCACAAUCUCAGUCGUUAAUCCCGAUUUGAUCGACUACGAAAAUGAAACUUGGAGAGAAAUUAAAAUGAAGUUCAAAGUUACUGAAUUCAAUGACACAACUCACGUUUCGGAAGUACCGGUUACGGUCACAGUGAACAAUUUGAACGACGAGACUCCGAAAUUUGAAAUGAAUCCAUAUACAGCUAGUGUUGAGGAAACCGCCACAGCUGGCACGUUGGUGCUUCAAGUUAAAGCAACAGACGGUGAUCCAGAUGAUAAAGUGACGUACACAUUUUCCACGGCAAAUAAUGCUUUGAGUAUUGAUGCGGACACCGGCGAUAUCACAACAACUCGUGAUUCUCCCUUUGACUUUGAGUAUCAAAAGGAGAUUGUGCUGCAAGUUGUUGCGACUGACACAGCAAAUCCAUCGCCGCACAGUGCAACUGUUCCAGUAACCCUCACAAUUACUGAUAUAAACGACACGCCGCCGAGAAUAGAAUUGCCAAACAUAGACGUAACUGUCGAUGAGAACGAAGAAAGCAAUUAUGAGGUGACCCGAGGAGUUACUGCUCUAGAUCCAGACGGAGAUGCAGACCUUGAAUUCGCUAUAUUGUGGGAUCAAACUACUGCUUUUUCCAAAGGACGAAAAGUCAAUGCAAUUGAGCUUUACAAGGACUGCGUAUCAGUGACAACCGAAUUCGUGGAAGAAAACAAGGGAAACGCAAUCGCUGUGUUGAAGACUACAGACCAACUAGCAUUUGACUUUGAAAUUUUCGACGUAAUUUAUUUGAAACUUCAAGUGACAGACAAAAAUACCAAGGUGGGCAAAGCAACUCAUGAAGUAACCUUGACAAUAUCUGUCGAAAACCUCAAUGACAACCCGCCCAUAUUUGACGAAAACACCCUUAAUCCAAAGACAGUCCGUGAAAACAACAAAGAUCAAUUAAUUGGGUUUGUCCUUGCAAAUGAUCCAGACGCUUUAGAUGAUAUCACUUACGAUAUUCGGGCUGAAGUUGGAACUCCUGAAGAUUGGGUUGUGAUAAAAGCUGACACAGGAGAAAUCCGUUCCAGCCCAACGGUAGAUAUUGAUGCGGAAACACUUGAUACGCUUGAAUACUAUGUGAUAGCAACAGAAAAUUCAGAGAGUGGAACAUCUACAGAGGGAAAGCUCACAAUUACAGUCAUCGACGUCAAUGACGUAGUGCCAGUGUUUGACUCGGCUGAAGAGAUUGUGAUUGCAGAGCACCCUGAUAUAGGUACGCUGCUUGUCACUGUGUCAGCAACUGAUGGAGACGUUUCAGAGCCAUAUGGGAAAAAUCUUGAGUAUUCCAUUAGCAAAGAGCAACAAAACUACUUUGAGGUGGACAGCAAAACGGGGCAAGUGACCGUUAAAGACCAAGAAUAUCUAGACAGGGACACGGCGAAUAAUGGAGUAUUCUCGAUUGGAGUGGUUGUAACCGACAAUUCGCCAUACUCUGCCGGAUUUGACAGUAACCAAAACACUGCAACAUAUAGCGUGCAGUUAAGGUUGACAGACAUUAAUGACAACAAUCCUGAAUUUCAACCAGUUAGCAGCAUACCUGUCAACGAAAAUGUUGCAAUGGAUACUGUGAUUUAUGAGGGACUUUACGCACCUGAUAAAGAUGAACCCAACACACCGUUUUCGACAGUCACAUAUGAAAUCAUGUCUGUUAUACCUUCUUCAGACGAGCCAUACUUUAAACUAGAAAAUAUUGACAAUAAAGCUAAUAUUCUGGCAGCCAAAACAUUGGACAAGUAUGGAACGUAUACCCUGACAAUUAAGGCAACUGAUGGAGGAGACCCCGAGUCAUACGAUGAAACAGAUAUCACAAUCACUGUGAUUGACUUGAAUGACAACGAACCAAUAUUCGUUUGGCCUCCAAAUAACGGUUUCCAACUAAGGGUUGAUGUGGUGCAAGAAGUGGGUACUCGUCUGGUCGAUAACAGUGGCAAAGUUAUACAGCCAAUAGAAGGAGAUGAUCUUGACGAUCCAUUAAAUGGAAACGGCCAGUUUGAUAUUUUCAUAUCAGGAGACGAUGAUGCUAACAAGUAUCUUGACCUGCAAAAACUACCGGAUGAGACCGCUGCAUUGAUUGUUAAAGCUCCAUUUGAUGAGGGUGUGCAAUCGUUCGAGCUAAAACUAACCAUCAGAGAUAAAGGACAACCAUCGCCUUCUGAUAAUGAAAUAACUGGACGUGUAUAUAUAAUUAAUGUUGAUGAGGUCGCUCCUACUUUUGCAAGUGAAGUAAUUGACCCGGUAUUAGAAUGGGAAGAAAACGAUCCUACUGUCUCUGCGACGCUACCAACAGCAACAGACUUGAAUAACCAGAACUUAGAAAGACCAGAAUGGCAGAUUAUAUACUAUCACAUCAUUGAGGGAGACGAUGAAAAGGUAUUUGAAAUCACACACGAGCUCAUCAACUAUGAGAAUAUUCCAACCAUUAAACUGAGUAACGAUACUGGCAACGGUCUAGACAGUGACGACGGCCCAAGUCAGUACACGCUGAAAGUUAUAGCAGGAAAUGAUAUAUCACCACCAAGUUCAAAUGAAAAUGAGGACUCGGUCAUCACUGUCACUAUUAACGUCAUUGAUUUAAAAGAUUCUAAGCCGAGGUUUGAAUAUGAGUUGUAUUACGCAGGAAUUUCUAACUCCGACUCGGUAGGCACCGAAAUUACAAAACUACUGGCGAUUGACACAGACAUUGGUGAUAUUCUUACCUACGAGAUUGUGAGCGGCUCCAUUGUAGCCAGCGAAGGAUACCUAGAAGCGGAAAAGGAUACCGCUUUUACCUUGGAUCCAACUUCAGGAUCAUUGCAGGCUAGUUUUAUUCCGGAGGAGUCAAUGAAAGGCGACUAUUUCACGUUUACAGCGCGUGUGCAUGACACAGGAAACAGCGAGGCAGACACAAGCGUGCAGGUGUUCUUGAUGACAGACUUAAACCGCGUGAGAUUCUUGUUCGACAAUGGAACUGUCGAAGUAGAAUCAAAACGAGCAAUUAUUGCUAACAUUUUGAGGGCUAAUCUUGGAUACGAGUGUGCCAUCGACUUGGUCGAGGAAGGAGGAGAGGGUGAACCGUUAACCUCUUUGCGCGCAAUCUUCGUUGAUAAAGAAACAAACCAGCUUGUCAACGGAAGAACCGUUGAAGCGAAAGCAACGAAUUAUCAAACCAACAAUGCCUUGGUCAUUGAGUUCGAAGCUCAAGGGUUGACAUAUGUCGGUGUUAGAGCAUCUGGACCGCCUUUGGUGGAUAACACGGUGCAAAUCCUCACCACUGUACUUAUUGUGGUUGGAGUUGUUUUGGGAUCCAUGGUUGCCCUUCUUCUGGUCGCAUUCGUUCUCAAGACAAGAAGCCUAAAUAGACGGCUUGAGGCUCUGUCUACAACCAAAUUUGGGUCGCAAGAAUCCGGACUGAAUCGCAUCUCCAUGAACGUUCCAAACACAAACAAACACGCCAUUGAAGGGUCGAAUCCCGUAUGGAACGAAGAUGUGCCCAACUAUGACAACCAGAGUCAACACAGUGGAGAUUCUGAAUUGAUUGGGGUCGAGGACAAACCUGACUUUGCCUACAACAACGACAACUUCCAGAGUUCGUACGGCAACUUUUACGGAGACGUAGAUAAAUCAGACGUGCCCUACGAUCUCGAUACGCCAGCGACGUACCUUUAGAUUUUUAUAUUAUUGCUAGUUUAAGUAAUGCCAAUAAAGACUAUUUAUUAAAA